AUGGGAGUUGAGCUGCACUGUUGCUCGGUCCAUUUCGACAUUUCGAAGAACCCUGAAGCAAUUGCGUUCGGCUGCGUCAGGCGAGCGGUGGAUUCGCGAGGCGUCUUGAGGCUAUCAGCGAUAAUUGACGAAGUUCGGUGCUCGGCGAGCUGGAAUGAGCGACAAGUUUCGGCUGGAAGCUUUUUUGUGGAAUUGACAAGCCAAGGGACCAUUUUCAUGAUGUUGACGUUCGAUGUUCGGAUGACAUCCACCAGCAUCUUCCCUGUUCAAUGCUUCAAUGAUGUCGCUGUCGCCAGCUCCAUGACGUAA